CUCCAGUGUAACCUCUGCUUAAUCAGCUCGCCCGAAAGUCGAACUCACGUUGCGCCUUGCGGUCACGGCUACGACUUCAAAUGUCUACGCACCUAUCUUCUCAACGCACUCGAUUCCCCUGAUCCGCCUCGCUGUUGCCAAAGACCAGUGAUGGAAGGAUUACGAACGGAUAUGGUGCUGAAUGGCACGGAGUGUCUACUAUGGAGCGAGAAGGAGAGAGAAUGGGCUGUCGCGCUUCGCGAACGAGUGUACUGCCCUAGCGCUCGUUGCGGUGCCUUUGUCGGAUCACGAACGGAUGUCAGCACCUCACCGGCCUGUCCUCACUGCAAUCAAGACGUCUGCACAAAAUGCUACGCUACCUCACACCCCGAUCGUACAUGUGACAUGACAUCGGCACUGCAGUUACUACAUUUGGCGGCGGAGCGAGGAUGGCGUCAAUGUGCAAAUUGUACUCGUUGGGUUGAACUGAAGGAUGGGUGCGCACACGUUUCCUGUCUUUGCGGAUAUGGGUUCUGUUAUCAUUGCGGAGCCGCGUGGCUCGUC